UGGAAAAGUAUUUCUGGUUCGCAAAAUAAGUGGUCAUGAUACUGGAAAGCUGUAUGCCAUGAAGGUUUUGAAAAAGGCAACCAUAGUUCAAAAGGCCAAAACCACAGAGCAUACGAGGACAGAACGACAAGUCCUGGAGCACAUUAGGCAGUCGCCAUUUUUGGUGACAUUGCACUAUGCUUUCCAGACAGAAACCAAACUUCAUCUCAUUUUAGAUUAUAUAAAUGGUGGAGAACUUUUUACUCAUCUUUCUCAAAGAGAGCGUUUCACAGAGCAGGAGGUGCAGAUCUAUGUGGGAGAGAUUGUGCUUGCCCUGGAACACCUGCACAAGUUGGGGAUUAUAUAUCGUGACAUUAAGCUUGAGAAUAUUCUACUUGACUCUAAUGGCCAUGUGGUGCUGACAGAUUUUGGUCUGAGUAAGGAGUUUGUGGCUGAUGAAACUGAAAGAGCAUAUUCCUUUUGUGGAACUAUUGAAUACAUGGCACCAGAUAUUGUCAGAGGGGGAGACUCAGGACAUGACAAGGCAGUUGACUGGUGGAGUUUAGGUGUUCUAAUGUAUGAAUUACUAACUGGAGCAUCUCCUUUCACUGUUGAUGGAGAGAAAAAUUCCCAAGCUGAAAUAUCGAGGAGAAUAUUAAAAAGCGAGCCUCCAUAUCCCCAGGAAAUGAGUGCUUUAGCUAAAGACCUGAUUCAGCGUCUUCUGAUGAAGGAUCCCAAGAAGAGAUUGGGAUGUGGCCCAAGGGAUGCAGAUGAAAUCAAAGAACAUCUCUUUUUUCAGAAAAUAAAUUGGGAUGACUUAGCUGCCAAAAAAGUGCCCGCACCAUUUAAGCCAGUCAUCCGAGACGAAUUAGAUGUGAGUAACUUUGCUGAAGAAUUCACAGAAAUGGACCCCACCUAUUCUCCUGCUGCCCUACCCCAGAGCUCUGAGAGGCUGUUUCAGGGCUAUUCCUUUGUUGCUCCUUCUAUCCUCUUCAAGCGCAAUGCAGCUGUCAUAGAUCCUCUUCAGUUUCACAUGGGAGUUGAACGUCCUGGAAUGGCAAAUGUUGCCAGAAGUGCAAUGAUGAAGGACUCCCCAUUCUAUCAACACUAUGACCUAGAUCUAAAGGACAAACCAUUGGGAGAAGGAAGUUUCUCAAUUUGUCGAAAGUGUGUACACAAAAAGAGUAACCAAGCAUUUGCAGUCAAAAUAAUCAGCAAAAGAAUGGAAGCCAAUACUCAGAAAGAAAUAACAGCUCUGAAACUCUGUGAAGGACAUCCCAAUAUCGUGAAGUUGCAUGAAGUUUUUCAUGAUCAGCUCCAUACGUUUCUGGUGAUGGAACUUCUAAAUGGAGGAGAACUGUUUGAACGCAUCAAGAAAAAGAAACACUUCAGUGAAACCGAAGCUAGCUACAUCAUGCGGAAACUUGUUUCCGCAGUAAGCCACAUGCAUGAUGUUGGAGUAGUGCAUAGAGAUCUGAAGCCUGAGAAUUUAUUAUUCACUGAUGAAAAUGACAAUUUGGAAAUUAAAGUAAUCGAUUUCGGGUUUGCACGCCUCAAGCCACCUGACAAUCAGCCCCUGAAGACCCCAUGCUUCACCCUUCAUUAUGCAGCCCCAGAGCUCUUGAAUCAUAAUGGCUACGAUGAGUCCUGCGACCUGUGGAGCUUGGGCGUCAUUUUG